CAUUAUUAUGUUACAAAUUUCAGCGAGGAAUUCUCAAUAAUGACUUGAGAAUCGCUCCUCUCGAGGUGGCAAGUCGUUCCAGCAAUGGGAACACUCCGCAUGAAAUCACGAAUAUUACAGAAAGCCCGACACCAAUGUCCAACGACAGUAGCGAACAAUCUGCUGAAGAUCCCUACCAGCAGUACUGCGACCCUAUAGACAUUGAAAAGAGAGGAGUAGAGCAAAAACCGCCUGAUGUAUUUCUUGUGGAAUUGUGCAUUGUGGUGAGCAUCAACUAUACGAGUGCGUUUAACACAAGAGAGGGCCUUCUCCUCUACCUGGCUGCCAUGUCGAAUGCGGUGGCAUUGCGAUAUAGCGAUAUGGAAUGUCCGAAAAUACGGUUUCAACUCAACAAUGUCUUUGUGGUUGAGGACAAAUUUGUUUUUGGAAACGAGGUUUGCGAUAACCGCACCAAUGUAUCUGAGGAGAACAUCCCUGUGUGCGGCUUUGAUGCUGAAGAGACACUAAACCAGACCACGGCUUACGUGAAUAUAUGUACCACUGAAUAUUGCGACAUUGUUUUUCACCUGACGAGAGAAGACCUUACGUAUUACAUUAACGGCACUUUUACGGCUGAGAUCGAUGGUAUGGCUGAAAGAGCCGGAGUUUGCACAAAGGAUAAAUUGGCUAUUGGAGAAGACAAACCGCCUACAUAUAGCGGACUUCAAACGAUGGCACAUGAAAUUGGACAUUUGCUGGGAUCUGACCACGACAGCUGUCCGGAUGCGGAGGAUUGCCCUGCUAGUUACGGAAAUCUAAUGACAAAUAUCAAUAUAGAUAGGCAAAACAAAUCGAAGCUGUCACUCUGCAGUCAAAGACAAAUAAGUUCCUUAGUCAGGCGACUACCGCCAUCAUGUAUAAACGUCAGCACAAGAGCAAACUACACAAAUGAAAUAUAUCCCGGAGAAAACAUCACUUACGAAGACCUCUGUGAAUUGAUGCAUCCAGGAGUAGGAGACCUAAAUGUCUCCACAGAUAAUCUGACGGAUUGUUUUAUUAAGUGCGGCUGGAAUGAUACACUCAGCGCGAAUUAUCAAGACAGUUCUUAUACUUCAGAAACUCAACCUACAGAUGUUACACAAACAACUGAAUAUUACGCAUCUAAUGAAGAAGGAAAUUUAGUUUAUGAAUAUCAUGACCUGCUGGACGGAAUGCCAUGCGGUGAAAACAAGACAUGUAACCGAGGCCUGUGCGGCAAUCACAACUGGAGUGAGAUAAAGCGGAAUCAUGGCACUUUCCGCACGUUACCGAAAAUUUUGUGAAAUGUGCUGCCUUGUAGGCAGGAUUAUAAUACAUUUAGCCAAAACUUUAAACAUACAAUUUCCUAUUACAAAGAAUCUAUCUCACCUUCAUUCUACAAGAGGUGGUCAGUAGAUAUGCCAGCACAAUCUGCUUGCAGAUACAUAAAGGAUUCAGUUAAACAGCAACUGGAGCGCUCUACAGAGCUACAUUACUCGUCAAAUAAAUG